GUUGAGCAUGUCCUUGACCAGGGUAACUUCGUCUUCCAGACAUCUGGCAAGCCAACUAGAUUAACACGUUCCCAGAAGCACAAUGUGCUCGAAAUAAUGGCACAGACUAUUUACAGCUUCAAGCCAUACCCUAGCAAUACUGAUCUUUGUAAGGCUUCGGAAGCAUUGAUUACUGCCCACCCAUGCCUCAAAGAACUUGGAAGCAAGACUGGCUGGUACGGCUGGAAGGUCAGUUUGGCCUUCAAGAUGGGUAACUACAGACAGAAACUGGCCAAAUCGGGGUGUGCUGAGGUGUCCAUCAAUGCAGGAAAGAGAAGCAAGAACAACCCUGACAGCGAUCACCCCCAUGCCAAUAUUAAGCGAGCUCGUAGGUCGGAAGUGAACUUCCUACCCAACUUCCCAACUGGUGAAAACCAGGCCAGUCUUGACCUGAUGAGACUCGAGAUAAUUGAAGAGACUGACAAGUCGGAGAAGAAUUUGCAAUUCAUCGAAAAGCUGAUGCAGACAACCUUCGCUUUACGACGACAAGACAUCAUCAAAAGUCAAUUGCCAGUAAAGGACUUGCUGCGCAGCUGGCCAGCUCUGCAGUUGGAAUCGCAGGUUCUCUCAGAAUUCCAUCGUAUCACUAAUGUGAACCUGCGCAGCACAUUCUACGCUGAACUUGACAGACACACACCACGACUCCUCAACUUAUACAGACAAAAGGCAGUACGCACCGGCAAGUUGGCGGAGGCUCUACGGGCUACCCUCGCCGCUUAUGAUCUUCAGGAAGAACAUGAUGUCAUCUCGAGACGCACCCUGUCGCUGUGUGCCCUGCCGGUGUACCUGCGAGAAGAUGGAUCUGCCUUCUUUCAGACAUUCAAUGAGGAGGAGGAGCCUGAUUACCAUGAUGUCCCUCUUGCUCUUGGCAUAACUGGCGCAGACCCCUUCAGCUGCAAGAAGUUUACAGUCGUCAUUGAAGGCAAUGCUGUUUUUAACGAGGUUCCCACAAUUCCAGAUUCAUUUAUGUUGUUGUUUGGGCUGACUUAUGUGUUCAAUUUGGAAUACCCUAAGAGCCUCUUGAACACAUUCACAAUGAUCCAGAAAAUGUUUGUUUGUCUGGAUGAUGGCAAACCACUCAAACCCUGCCUAAUGACUUUGAAAGAAGAUUUGCUACUGCAGUAGUGCGUGUUUGUAACAUUUGCGCGCGCGCACACACACACACACACACACACACACACACACAC